UUUAACCGAAAACAUGUCGACUGCUAUGACUUUUGGUCAGAAACAGUUUAUACCAACUCCGCCGGAUAAGGGAAGUUUUCCACUGGAUCACGAGGGUCUAUGUAAGAAGACGAUGACGAAAUAUAUGAAAUGCCUAUUCAACAACAACGGAGACAACGCUCUAUGCAGGACAGAGGCGAAAGAGUAUCUGGCUUGCAGAAUGGAAAAUAACCUAAUGGCAAAAGAAGACUGGUCUAAGUUAGGCUUCAAAGAAUUUGAAAUUAACACAAAACAAGAUUGACUCAGAAAAAGUGACAGUUUAUGUGAUAAUGUAAUUUAGCAGCCAGAGCUCGUCAUCAUCGAAGUGUGCGUCGCCCCCGCGUCCUGAACCAGGGAAGAACGCGUGCGCAAGAAUAGCACCACGCCCAUCGAAUGCGUACGCAUCGCCAUGAGCUCCUCUGUAACAAUAAAUUGUUAAUAAUAAUAAUCUUUUGCAUUCUGUAGAGUAGGUAUAACAAUGGUUAUUAGAGUAAUUACUAAAUAUAGUAUUUCUCCCGCAUAAUAUUUGCUGUCAUAUUUUAUAUUACCUUACCUACCUAAUAACAUUGUAUAAGUUUGUUUUUAAGCCAUUGAUCAAUCUAUAAUUUUACAUAGUGUGCCUAAAAAGGAGUAAUAAAUUAUUUGUAACGGGUAAACAUGAUCAAUAUGACGGAAACAGCAAAGUUAAAGUGGUUGUCUCGAUGAAGCACGGUUUAACUGCUGAUGAAAAUUCCCACUGAACUUAAUAUAUUCAUUUCGCAACAAACAACUGUGCCGCAGUGGAUGGAGGCUGUGGAGCAAUCAAACUUGUGUCCCUGGGUGCUCGCUCUCGGACACUACCCACCUAAUCAUUUUUCGCGCCGUCGAAACAGCGGAAAGACCUCCUCGGCCAUGCAUAUUUCACGCAAUAUUAGCUGACCGCUGCGUUAUUGAGUUUCCAUGUGAAAGUUUUACCAUAAACCGGUAAGGCGGGGAAUACGC